AUGUUGGAUUCUAUUUUGAAAGACCCUCGAUUGAACAGUAAAGAGGUUUUUUCUAUUAUCCUUUUGCCUCCUUCUCUCAAUUCAACAAAUUCUCCUUUUUUAUUUGACUAUUUAGACAACCAUGAUAUUUGCACACACAUGGUGUUAUAUCUGGAUCAUCCUAUUGUCAUUUGUGAAUUAGUAACAACACAACAGACAAUCGCACUCAACAAUUCCAAAGAAAUCAUUAGUAAAAUCGACAAAUUAGUAUUAGAGUUUUGUGACACUUCAGUAAAUUGUGAUUCGUUGAAAAGUUUACACGCUUGCAUGGAAAACAUACUGGAUGAUGGCUACACCUUAAUAGAGACUUUAGAUACAACACAUAUAGAAUUAGAAGUCGUUUUUGGAUCUUAUAUCAUGGACUCUACCUACGAUGUAGCCUUCUUUAAAAUCACCCAAUUCUUACUAGACCACGACAAAAAAUUAACGUUAGCCCUGGAAGAGAUGGAACACUUGGACUUUUCUCAAAUUGGACUACCCACUUCAAUCACUGAUCAAAGAAACAGAGUUCACGCUGCCAUUUCGGAAUUCGAAAGAAUUGGCUCGUUUCGCACACCCGCUGAAAAACUGGAUUGUCUACUCAACACCGUAUCCGAAUUAACAAGAGACCCUUCCGCUUAUACCGCCACCUUUCUCGAUUCGGAUUCCCUGAUACCCUUACUCUUAAUCACGCUCAUUCGAAGUAAAGUACCCCAUCUUACAGCAAACCUAAUUUACAUGAAAGAAUACACGUUCGAACGAAAUAUUGUAACAGGGAAAUACGGUUAUGCUUUGAGUACAUUUGAAGGUGUACUAGAAUAUAUACUAGACGCUCACGCAGAGCUAUCCGACAUAUCCAGACAAAACGUGCAAUACUGGUCAGCGAUCAAGACGGGUGACCUGGAUCAAGUUAUUCGGUAUGAUACCAGUGAUGCACAUGAUACCCGUGAUGCCUAUGGUAACAACGCUCUCAUGAUUGCUUGUAUUCAUCAUCAAUACGAUAUCGUCAAUUACCUAUUAUCCAUGCCUGUCAAAGGGGCCAUGACAAACGACAUGAAUUCAACUCCUUUAAUGCUAGCUAUUCACUACGGUAAAUCAUUCGAGAUUGUUAAACUCUUGUUAACCCAUCCACACGUUAUUCAUUCUGUCAAUGAGGCGGUUGACAACUAUGGAAAUACCGCCAUUCUUUAUGCCUGUGCCAUCGAUAACUUGGAAAUACUAAAAGCAUUACUCCAGGUGGCUGGUCACCAAACACUUUUGGAUCAACAUCGAAACACUUUGACGGGGGAUACUGUUCUCCACGUGGCUUCCAGAAACAAAUGUUCUAUUGAAUUUAUGACAUACUUGCUUUCACUCUGUCCACAGCGAAACUACAAGAACAAGAACAUGGAGACUUUUUAUCAUGCAUGUCGAGAUGUUCAAGUCUUAAAAUGGGUGUUACACAAUGAAAAUGACAUGCAUGAUUUAAUUCGGGACGUGGAUGAAAAGGGACGUUCACCAUUGAUGACUUGGGCAUUGGCUGGAAGGCUGGAUAUGAUUGAAUUAGUGACGGAAAGGACACGCGACGGUAAUGCAAUAGUAGAUCAUGAUGGCAAUACAUUGCUUCAUCUAUUAGCCAUGCAUACCGGUAAAGGCUUGACGUUGGGAGAUAAAAGUUUGGAUUACAUGGUGGAGCAAUUCAAUAUCUCGGUCAAUGUUCGGGACUGGGUGCAUGGUAAUACUCCUCUUCAUAUCACUGCAGAAACUUCGGUACUUGCAUCUGCACAGAGUAUAAACAAUGCAGUCUUAUUGAUAAGAGCGUUGGUCAAACAUGGUGCUGUCUUGGAUGCAGUCAACUAUCGAGACGAGCAUCCUGCCACUAUUUGUAAAAUUCCAGAAUUAGCCAUGUGUUUAGAUGGUAAAAACAAACUGCAUCUCGUGAAACACACCUUAUUUUCACCUGCUAAAAAAACUAGCAUGUACCAUUAUGCUUGGCAUAUUACCCGACCAUGGUUUGAACUAAAUAAUGGACAAACCGAUUUAUACUAUGUUAUCAAGAGCGGCCAGAUGGGCAAACCAGAAACGAUGCGAACUGUCAAGAGACGUCUGGACGAUUUCACGUUUUUACGACAAGAACUCUUGUACGAGAUGCCCGAGACAUUUUUACCUACCUUUCAAAACCUACAAGAUCCCCUCCUCAUUGACUUAAAACCUCCUCCAUUGGCUUGGAUUGAUCUCACCAUGACACGUCUACAAUCCUUCAUGGAUUGGUUGCAAUACCACCCUGUACUUCGUUACCACGAUCUUGUCAUUUCCUUUGUGCGCUCCAUGUCAGAUCUCCAACCCACUUUAAUCCGUGAUAACUCCUUCUCUAGAAGAAAACUAUUGCUAGAAAAGAUUAGUGAUUUACCUUUGCCCCAUUCUGUCACCAAUACGCUUGACGAAGAGUAUUUUUUAACCUAUGCACAGGAAAUGAUGACACCCUUAAAGUCUGGGUUUCUUCAUCUUUUGACCACAGCAAGAAGAAUCAUGGAUACGCAACGAGAGCUUCAGACUGAAAUGGGCAUGGUAGCACAAAAUUCACUUUGCUUGAAAACAUCUGCCCUGAUUACUCCAUUGGCCAUAGAAACCAUUCGAAUUUGCGCAAAUAUCACUGGCGAUCGAUCCGUAAUAAGUCAAAUGGCGUAUGACAUGAUUGACGGUAUCUUGUUAUCAUUACAGCGACCGUUCUCUUUACUUAAUCAACGUGGUUUACUUCGAGAGAAUAUAGAGCAGCAAAAGGAGAUUUUAUGCAAGUCCAAGCACUGGCAUACCAUUUUCACGCCGAAGAAAUAUGUAGAAAAAGACAAGGAUAAAAUGAUUGAGUCUCAUAAAAUGAUUUCUGAUGAAUUGGCCCAUUUCCAAAGUACUCAUCCACGGCAAAUGAUUCAAACUAUGCAAUCUAUCUCUAGAUCAAGUCUAAUAAUGGAAAAGCAGAAACUGCUCGUAUUAGAACAAACACUAUAUCAAUGGGAAAAUGUAAAAUAG